GAGUUUAUUCUUUUUAAUAUAUUUCAACAACUCCAAUGAAGCUUUUUUCUUGCAAUACUCUGCUUGUAUUUGUAUCCUAUCUCUUACUUGGCUCUUUGACCUCUUCUUUGAGCAUUGAGAACUCUGGUAGCCCUUCCAACUCAAUCAAAGAUCAAAAACUCAAGGCUUUUAAUGACAAGUCGCCUGUCAAGUUUGAGUAUGUCAAUAAUCAGCCAAUCCCCAUUCAAAUAGCUAAGAAGGGUGUUAGAGUGGUUCAAAAUCCUAUCAAUCCCGAAAUACCUGAGAAUUCUGAAGGUUCUACAAGCUCUGAUGCUGCUCAAAACGACCAGCCUGAUGAUGAUACUUUACAUUCCUUUUUAAUGUCGAUUCUAAUGAUUAUUUCCUCAGAAAUCGGCGAUAAAACAUUUUUAAUUGCUGCUUUGAUGGCAAUGAGAUCCCCGAGAGUUGUUGUCUUUUCGGCUGCCUUCUCAGCUUUACUUUUAAUGACAAUUUUAUCUGGCGUAAUUGGUCAUGCUUUACCUGCUUUGCUUCCUCAAAAAUAUACACAAUUUGCUGCUUCAAUUUUAUUUUUAGUAUUUGGUUAUAAGUUAUUAAUUGAAGGUUUGGCAAUGUCCCAUGAAUUAGGCGUUAAUGAAGAAAUAGCUGAAGUCGAAGAAGAAAUCUUGUCAAAGGAGCUAGGCUCAUCUGGUUUGGAUAUUGAAUCUUGUUCAUCAUCAUUAGCUUUCUCGAAAACUAACACUAAUAACACUGAAUCCUUUUUAAAACAAAUUGGAACUCAAUUAAAAGAAUUAUCAAGUUUUAUAUUUUCUCCUACUUGGGUCAAAGUUUUUUUAAUGACUUUCUUGGGCGAAUGGGGUGACAGAUCUCAAAUUGCGACGAUAGCCUUGGCUGCUGGUUCUGAUUAUUGGUUUGUUAUCAUAGGUGGAAUCAUUGGCCAUGGAUUAUGUACCUCAGCUGCUGUUUUAGGAGGAAAAUAUUUAGCUUCAAAAAUAUCAAUCAGAAUGGUUACUUUAGGUGGUGCUGCUACUUUUUUUCUUUUUGCUAUUUUAUAUAUGUAUGAAGCUGUUUAUGGGUUUCAUCUAAUAAAGUUGAAAUAAAAUAAAAUCAAAAAUAGUAACAUUAAUUAAAAAAAUAAUAAAAAUCAUAAAAAUAGAAAUAGAAAUAGAAAUAAUAUUUAUUAUAUUUUGUCAUGAAUAUAAAAUAUAGAAUAAAUUUUGCUUGAAAAAAGCAGUUCUAAUCAAUUCAAAAAUCUUCUUUUUAUUUUCUUGUCAAAUUAUCAUAUCUUCAU